AUAAGUGCACUCAGAAAAGUGCUUGACAGAUGUGAAGCUCACACGCUGUGGGUGUAAGUGUCAUUUCUACAGGACAGCUCGUGUGGUGUUUCAGCCUUUUACACUCAAAUCCAUUUUACGGCCAAGUACACAGCCACGACAAGCUGCGCGCUCGCCUGUCCCGAGAACGUUGAGCCAGCGCGGCUUUCUCUGGUACUGCGAACAAGCUGGAUUCCCGGAGCUCUUCACCAUGUCUGGCGGGUUUUAGAUUCUCCAUGGAGCAAGCAAACCUCUACGAGGUCGCCCCACGGCCACUUAUGACCAACCUUGUACAGAGUCAGCAAAACGCGUAUACCUACAAAGACACCGCUGGAGACCUGAGCGAGAUCUGCGAAAACGAGAACUCUAUCGACAUCAGCGCCUACAUUGACCCUUCUGCCUUCAACGACGAGUUCCUGGCCGACUUAUUCCACAACAGCUCCAAGCAAGAAAAACUCAAGCUGGCGAGCGGAGACUACGAGUACCUCCACGGCGCCAAUGGCACACCGGGGCCCCCGCAGAUGUACGGCUGCCUGAACGGCUACAUGGAUUCCUCCAAACUAGAACCCAUCUACGACAACCAGGCACGAAUGAGACCCGUGGCCAUCAAACAAGAGCCCCGGGAGGAAGAUGAGCUCGGCCACUCGAUGCCACCCACAUACCACCACUCUCAACACCAUGCGCCUCAUCUGUCGUACCUUCAGCACCAGAUCGCGCAUUGCGCCCAAACCACCAUGCACCUCCAGCCGGGUCAUCCCACGCCUCCCCCGACGCCCGUACCCAGCCCUCAUCACCAACACAGCCACCUGCCCUCCAUGAAGAUGGGCGAGCGAGGGAAAAACAAGAAACGGGUCGACAAGAACAGCUGCGAGUAUCGGCUGAGAAGGGAGCGCAACAACAUAGCCGUGCGCAAGAGCCGAGACAAGGCGAAAAUGCGUAAUGUGGAGACGCAACAUAAAGUGACAGAAUUGUCGGUGGAUAACGAAAGACUGCGCAAGAGGGUAGAACACCUCACGCGAGAACUGGACACGUUACGGGGUAUCUUCAGGCAGCUUCCCGACGGCUCGUUUGUCAAAGCCAUGGGCAACUGCGCCUAACAAAGCGAGCUGGACUUUUGAAGUAACUUUUGCGUGAUUUUUACGUCUGCUGGAUAAACGCUGACACAUUCUGAAAGUGUUUCUAUAGGAGCCAGGCAGCUGCGGUAUACAUGUGCCUUUUGUACAAAACAAAUGAUAAGCUCAUCUCUUCACACAUUCGGACUAAAAGCUUGUUGUAGGUGUAGUCCUGUUAAGAAUGUGUGUUAGCUACGCGAAACAUAUCAGUGCAGCUAAUGGACAUGGUUUCACCGUCAAUCUACUUUUCAUGUCAAGUUACCAGCUUUUGUA